UGUGUGUGUGUGUGUGUGUACGCAGAGUAGCCCAAUGACGUUGUAAAUUUGUGCUCAUCCAGGAACAGAAGUCCUCCAGCAGCAUCCCGUGAGCAGGGCAGAGGAGCAGUAUGUCAGUCCAUCUCAGCAGCUGAGCUUUGCUGUGGGAUACGCAACUACAUAGAGCCUCUGUUUGCCCUGAUUGUCAUCUGCGGCUAUUAUAGCAGAGGUGAGCUAGGUUAAUGCUUUCUAUAAAGAAUAUUGAAGAUGUCCUCCACUCCGCUGGCCGAGGCAGAAGAGGAUGUGUUUGAUCUGACGGAGGCGGUUCCAGAGACCGAACGGCUUGACAGCAGUCUACAGAAAGCCAAAGCACAACUGUCAAUCAAAACCAGGAGACAUCGGCCCUCCCGAACCCGUCUGAGAGACAGCGUGAGCUCGAUAGAUGGAGAUGACAGCAUUGAUAGAAUGAGUUUUGGUGGCUCUGUGCAAACCUCCUCUUCUCCAGUCCAUCCUUCCUUUCGCUGCUCUUCUCCCUCCUCUGACCUGCUCCUUUCCUCCCCUUCCUCACGGAGAGACCGAACAUUCACCUUUGACCCCUACACUGUGGUUGGAGAAAGGGAGGCACAAGAUGAAAGACGAAGCUACAGGCACCUCCUGAACACCUCUUCUCAAGAGGCUUUGCCUCUCACCCCAUCUAAGUCUCCCUCCAGACCCUGUGUCCAUUCAGAGACAUCUUCCCCAGCCCACCUUUGCCAGGCGGACCACCUCAAGUCACGUGAGGGCAGCCAGCCCCUUCUACAUUAUGGAGAAUACUCACAAAGCGAAGACGACAGUCAUGACACAGGCCCUGAUGAACCUGAUAGUCCAACGGUGCUGCUGGACAAGAAAACCAGGAGACGUUUUCUUGAUCUAGGGGUCACUUUACGUCGCACAUAUGGAAAGGUCAGGAAAGACAGAUCCAACAGACUAUCAGCAGGAAAUCGGGAUUCGGAGAGAGCAGAGAACCGGUCCUCACGUUCCUCUGGUCCACCGUUUGUGCCUUUCUCCUGGUUUAGCGAAAGAUUAAGAGGUUCUGGCUCCCCCAAGAACGUCCAGUCCCCCUCCAGACCUUUCACCCAGGGCUCCAGUACUGAAGAGGAUUUUGAUUCUUCAGUGGGUUUACUGGAAGACUGCAGACCCUGCAAAACUGAGUCAUCACAACCUUAUCAGACCCUUCCCGAGCAUUCAGAUGGGAAUGACUGUGACAGCAGCCGUGGCACAGAUUUCAGUUUUAAAAAGAAAAUGCUUUCCGCUGCUGGUAAAGAUAGGACAGAGAGACAGAACGGAGUUCACGGAAAACGGGACAGCGGGAAAAAUGGACACAGUGAAGAUGGACAAAAAUUACUGACCACUUGAUGGCGAUUCUGAAAGACUGAAUACAAUACGCUGCAGGUGCCAUUAUUAAUGUCAAACGUUGCGUGGGCUUUCACAAUGUAUUAUUGAUGGAUAUAGUAAUAAAGAAAACUUGCAAACUU